AUGAAGCUCUCCACAUUUAUUGCUUUGACACAGCUGGCAAAUGCAGCGUCGGAGACAGUUAAAGUAGAAGUUGGAAAGCGGCUGAGACUUAGCUGCGACUACUCUGGCGUUUACGUCGAGCUGAGUAGAGAAAUCAAAGAAGCAAGUCGCAGGAGAUCGACGACCUCGGUUCUGCUUCUCAGAAUUGAAGAUCAGGAUGUGAUGAUGAUAGACACCAAGGAUCGCCAGUGGAACUUUAACGCUGCCCUGUCGCGCUACUCCGCGGACGACAACAACUCGAGACUGAUUACUGAGCUCGCUCAAGCACAGUUUAGCGACGAGGGCGUCUAUCACUGCAAAGAUGUCACCAAGAAAAUCAUCAACACGAUUAAUGUCGUCGUCAUUUCCAAACCAAACGUGUCAUCAUUAUUCGCCGAUGAUUUCGCAGUGGAAAGCGGAAGUACCCAAUUUUACGUUGGCAAGUGCUCAGCACGAGAUGCAAAGCCCGCCGUGCGCAUAACGUGGGAAGAUGAUAAAGGAAAGCCCGUAACCGCAAUCGAAAAGACCACCAGAGCGGGCUUGACCGCCGAAACUUCGUCCGAGCUUCGCAUCGAUACUGUUCGCAGGAGCCAGCACCAACAGCGGCGAUAUCGAUGCAAAAUAUCACAAGAUGGCGCCGUUAUGUACACUUCCAACUUCUCGAAAGCGAUGAACGUCGAGUACCUGCCCGAGAUCACGGCCAUUUCGACGUUUUCAAUCGAUGCCAAUAAGGAGAUCCCCGUGGAGUCGAACUUCACGCAUUCUGUUGGCUCAAGCGUGCGUUUCCUUUGCGCAAGCACUGGCAACCCGCUGCCGAGAGUUUCCUGGAGUAUCGCGAACAAGACAGCAGAUGAGUACGCGCACUGGACGGAGGAAGCCACUGAGAGCGGCACAUACAUUUCAACCACGAGCUUGAAGAAAUCGGAUGAGGACUUCAUGUUCGUCUGCUCCACCACCAACCGACACGGCUCAGUCACUUCCGACUAUGUUCGGCUACUUGUAGAAGAUGUUCCUAAUGCGGCAGGGGCGCUGGGUCUCCUCUGGGCUCUUGUUGGAGUCAUCGGAGUUGUCAUGAUCGUCGCGCUUUGUAUGCUCUUUAAUCGUUGGAUUCAGCAACGUAGAUCUGGCAUCUAUAAAACUGAAACGUUAAAAGAAGAAGACGUGCCGUCGCUAUCAGAUAUGUCAAAAAACAACAAGGAGUAUUUUAUGUAA